ACAUAUAUUAUUAUAUCUGAGAGAAUCGGUUCUAUAAAUGGAUGAGGAAUUAUCAGCACUGGAAUUGGAGUUUGAAUGGCUUCUCAACAAAGAAGUCAAUACUAUAUUAUCUCAAUUGCAUUCACUGAUUGUGGAGUGUUGUCGCCGUUUCGCUGUCCAUAAUAUGCCCGGAUUGGACUCAUUGGUCAAAACAGAGAAACUACAGCUUAAUUGGAGUUCACAUUUGGAUCAGAUCAAGAUUUUGGCCACUCUUUCGGCCGAUAAUAUAUGCUAUGCUGAUAUAAGUCUUCGUCUUCAUAAACACGCCAUUCCUAAUCAGCGGACAAUUGUUCAAAAUGAUUGUCAAUGGAAACUACAUCAGAUUCAAGACGCCUCCAAUCAUCUCAUAUCUGCUCUUAAUUUAUUGACUUCGCCACCACUCAGAUACGAUUCAAAUGAUAAUAAAUAUGACUUCCGAUCGGCUCAGGAGGUGAUCGAGAUGAUUAACAAUGUUAUGGGUUGUCUGCAAAGGGGUCGCAACAGUUUGAUUGUGCCGAAGAAGCGUACGAUUGAAGAGUUGCAGAGCAGCAGAAAUAUGCAUUCACUUCAGCCACCCCUACCUAAUGACUUGGCCGUCAGUUUCUACAUCCAGUCCCACAAAUUGGUUUGCGCUGUCUAUCAUAUGCUGCGCGACCACUCCGGACAACUAAAGUUUGAUAUCUUUCAAGCCGAGACAUCAGUCGGUUGGUUAAGUGAAGCACUCGUACUCUUUACCGUUUCUCUUCAAUUUUGUCAACAACUCAAAGAUAAGGUCUCAGUGUUUACCCAAUACAAUGACAUGAAGUGCAACAACAAACCAUAAAACUAUGGAUAACUUCUCUCUUCAAAAAUAAUGAAUCCUAUUCUCUACACAACACUCAUCUCAAGAAGUGGUUCAACAAUUAGUGUUCAAAAAAACAAAUUGGCAAACAAUUAUUAAAUGAAUUUAUUUACUAAAUAUAACAAUAAUAGCAUAAUUAGUCACAUUUUUGUUAAAAAAAAGUAUUACGUAUAAAAAGUACUCAAAUUUAUUUGUUUUUUAAAAGUUUAUGAGUUUUGUAUCUCACACUAAUCGGGUUUUUAAAUUUAAUUGAAAUGAUUUUUUUUUUAAAUAUGAGAACUAAUA